AUGGCAGGGGCUGGAGAGAAGAAAGGGAAGAAAGAUGACAAUGGCAUUGGGACCGCCAUAGAUUUUGUGCUGUCCAAUGCUCGUCUGGUGCUUGGAGUUGGUGGAGCGGCAAUGCUAGGAAUAGCAACUCUUGCAGUGAAGCGGAUGUAUGAUCGCGCUAUUAGCGCUCCUGCUAGUCCAUCUCGAUCUAGUCAGUCUAGCAAGCGGAGUUGGGAGGAACCAAGUUGGUUGGGCUCAUCUACACGACUGUUGAACAAAGAUAUGAAGACGUCUGUGAGCCGCAGCCUGCAGACCCUUCCAACUGAUCCUUCUGGAUUUGAACAAGAUUUCAUUCGACCCAAAGCCCCAAGUCGCAAGUCCCAGACUGAUUUGAAGAAGACACGCUUGAAAUUAUCACUUCAGGAGAAGCUCUUUUCUUACUACAAAAAGUCUGUUGCCAUUCCACCUGCAGAGCAGAGCCAUGCCAAGCAGGCCGCUAUAGAGAUCUGUGCCGAGCUACGCAACUUCAUACACAGCAAGUUCCCAGACAUGCCUCUCAGAGACAUGCACCUGAGCGGAAGCUUGUAUGAUGACUUACAGGUUGUUAGAGCGGAUCACAUUCAACUCAUGGUACCUCUUCUGGUGGAAAAUAAUUUGUGGUCAUGUGUCCCUGGCGAAGAAACUAUUCUAAAUCUGCCAGGAUUCUGCCUACUGCGUAGAGAGAAUGUUGAGUACUUUCCUCGUGGGACUAGUUAUUGGGACCGCUGUGUGGUGGGAGGUUACCUUUGUCCCAAGACUGUGGUAGCCACCUUUGAGAAAGUGGUAGCUGGUUCCAUUAACUGGCCAGCCAUCGGCAGCAUGUUGGGCUAUGUGAUUAGGCCAGUAGUGCCAUCAGAAAGCCUCAUCUUAGAGGUUCAGUAUGACGAGGAUCGGAAACUCUUCAUAGACUUCCUGCCAUUGGUUGCCCUUGAGGACCAUACAGCCGUUGCUAAAGCUCACAGACUAUCACGUUUUGGGAACAUGUGGCGGCUAAGCCAGCGUGGAGCAGAAAUCGCUGCUUUGAUGGGGAGGGAUCAACAAGAUUCAGGUUACCGAUGUCUUUGCCUAAAAAUUCUGAAGGCUAUAUGUCGAUAUAAUUUACCUCUGACCCACCUUACAGCCUCCCACCUAACCAACAUACUUCUUCAUGUUUCUGAAAAAGAGGAGGACUGGUCACAGGGUGCACUGGCAGACCGUUUCCUUCAAGCGCUUCGGGAAACUGUUGGUUACCUAGAGACUGGGAAUUUACCCUCUGCAGUAGACCCAAAGGUGAACUUGUUUUCUGAACUUACACCAGAUGAAGUGGAUGAGAUGGGAUAUUUUCUUUACUGCUGCUUAUCAGAGCCAGAGGUGCUUCUUAGGACAGGGGAAUGAUCAUAUUUCAAGCAAAUGUGUUAUGACAAGGAAAGAUGAUGUGGUUUUAAUAACUAUAACUACAAAAGGGUCUCCCUGGCUACUUACCUGGCUAUUUUUUUUUAUAUCUGGUUUGACAUUAGUAUUUAUAUACAUAUAUUUUCCCCAUUUAUGUAUUUUUAUUUUUUUCACUUUGCAGGAAGGCAGUGGUGGAUGUUUUACACUGGAGGAUGCAUUGCAUUUAUGACAAGGCGUAGACCUUGUCCUAAAUUAGGCACAUCUUCCACCAGUUUGUGCUCCUGGAGUGAAAUCUGCUCCAGACCCUGAAUGAAGUAGAUUUCGAGCAUCGUUUACGCGAGUUUCCUGGUGUAAAUGUUCAUGAAUUUGCUGGAGCUGAUACCCACACACCACUACCCAGAUUCCAGGCCAGCAUCAAAAUGCAACGUGCGAAAAAAUGCAGUUGCGUGGGUGUUGAAAAGUUGCUAAACAGGAACUUUAUUUUAUUUUUUUUUGUACCUAAAACUGGCAUAAGGACCGAUAGUAAAUGACCCACAAUAUCUUUAGCCAUGAACAUAAUGUCCCAAAAGGAUUUAGACAGAGUUUCUGUUAAGAGGUGGCACAAUACCAUAAUUUUUUUCGAUUCGAUUUCCAUACUAAUAAAAGUAUUGCCAUACUCUAUACUAAAUU